AUGGGGCCAAUAUGUUAUCGUGAUAUCGGUGAGAUGUAUAACCCUGAUCGUGUUACUAGGCAGUUGGGGUAUAUGCAGCGUAUUCCGCGGGAUGUCCUGUUCAUUGGCAAAGCGUAUAGGCCACCUAACUUUAGGCAUUAUGAGGUGGAUUUCCACGACUUGUCAUAUGUAUCAAAGUGGUGGGAUCGUUUUGCAGCCGGUUACUCCCCUUGCCUGAUUCUCUCGUCUUUGACGCCUGUUCCGGAAGGUGUGCCUUACGCGUUUGAUGAGCAGUACAUGAGCUGGUUCCUCGAACGGUCUCAUCCACACAUUACUCCUGGUUUUGGUGAAGUUCCAGUGGUUACGCCUAUACAUGAUCGGACUCAUACCGAAUAUUGGGUUGGCCGAUAUGAGCAAGUGAUCCAUGCGUUAUUACAAGAGAAGAAUGAUCCGAGUCACCCGACUACAUUAGCCGCUACAGAGUUAAUGCAGGAGUGGAAGGUUGUUUGUGAUAGCAUGUGAUCGUAUGAGAGUUUCUAUAGACUUUGUUAUUUAUUUCAUUCUGUGGACAUUUUAUGGAUUUUAUAUGUAAUUUCGUUUUAGACUUUGUUAUUUAUUUCAUAUU